GCCGUUUUUUCCUAAAAUUUCCACUGAGCGGGUCAGCAGCCACCGCCCGACGCUAGCACACCGCGCUUUCAUAUCAGAACUCUGCCCAGAUUAACCUGGAUUAGCUCGAUUUCGCCUGGCUUGUCCCUUUAAGACCGACUGCUUCCACGCAGAACGUCGCCUGUUAGCGCGAUCUCCGUCGCUUUUGAACUGUUUCCUGUUCUCUUCUGCAAGAGUCACCAAUGGCCUCCUCCAAGCCUGCCGCGAUCAUCCUUGGGGGCGUCAACACUUUCUCCCGCGCCCUUGCUCAAUAUCUCGUUCCCCUGGAGGGCGAGCCCCUCGUUUCCCAUCUGCGUAUCGUUGACAAGUAUUCCGUCGCCCCGCCCACCGUCUAUCUAGGCUCGGAGUUCCCCAAGGUCCUGGAGAAGCCAGAAGUAGAGUAUCGUCAGGCAAACUUGACCGUUCCUUCCAUUGUCGGGAGCGUUUUCGACCAGCCAGAUGGAAAGGAACCCUACUCUUACGUUUUCGACCUCACUGGCGAGGCGCGUAAUGACCGACCGGAGGAGGUUCAAAUCGCAAACACCUUCAAUGUAUCCCGGAACGUAGCCCUCGAAGCUGAAAGGCGCAAAGUCAAGGCUUACGUCCGCGUCCAUCUGCCCUACUACAACACACCCGACAAGGGCGAGCAGAGUGAAAAGGAGGACGUCAAGCCGAUCGUGCCCGGUGGCGUCUGGUGGCACGAGACGCUACGUGCCCUCGCCGCUAUUGAAGACCUCAACCUUGUGGUCCUGCGGACAGGAUACGUCUAUGGUCCCUACGUCGAUUAUGGGUUGUUCACUUCUGCCAUGUGCAUAACGGCGUGCUACGGAUACACGAAGCAGCCUCUGAAAGUCAUGCAUUCUCCGGGAAAGCACGCGUUCAACACCGUGCACGUUGACGACGUCGCCGGCGCGGCAUGGGCAUGUGCAGAGUGGAUGGCGAAGCUCGGCCGGAAAGAAGCCGACGCGGUGGCUGGGGAGCCUAUCGCGUUCCACAACGACAAGAGCAAGGUGAAGGCGCUCGAGGGCGCUGCUUUGCCCGAGGCAAAACUCGUUGCACCUGUGUUCAAUGUGGUGGACGACAGUAACCAUACCUUUAUCUCGUUUCUCAAUGUGCCGGCCUCGUUUUUCGGCACUUCUGUCGAGUUCUUCGAUCUCUUCACCCGCGCGAUGGCGAAAAUCAACAUGGAUGAGCUCGCAGAAGACAUCAACGAAGAGCACGUCGGCACGUGGACGAAGAUGAUCACGACCUCCAAGCCGCCCGUGCCCAAUACCCCUCUCUCACCUUACGUCCACCCGCAGGUCGUGGGCCUCUUCGAGAAGCACAGUAUCGGCCUGGACAACAGCAAGCUCAAAAAGAUCGUGGGCUACCAGCUUAAGCGGCCGACCUACAGCCACGCGGAGCUGAAGGAGGUCAUCGACAAGUGGAAGGCGGAGCAGAGCUGGCCGACGCUCGAGGAUUGAACGACCGUAAUGAACGAGCCGUGCAAGUGGAAGUAAUAUUUUCGGGCUAUCCCCCUGUUCGUUUGCUUUUUCGCUCUCUGUUCGAUCUCACGGAUUUCUCCCGCAUUGGAAUAUGUCGUCUCGCAAGCUAUAUAAUUCACCGCUAUUAUUAAUUCUUAUCUAGAGACUACACUAAUGUUAGCGCAUUCCUUCAUCGCGUCGAGUCUCACAAUGUAUUUAGGACCCGUAUGGGCAAACAAAGACUGCAGCACAAUGCCAUAACUUAUGU